AUGAGACCAUUGUACGGGACCAUCCCACGCUUGUACGCACCUCUGCAAAACCUGACCCGCCAAUCAGUCAGACCGUCACUCUCCCAGACCGCUAUCAGCACCGCCGUCGCCGCCACCAGAACUUUUGGAUUAAACAAAAACAUGAGCACAUCAUCGGCAUCCCAGUCGUCGUUCCCAUCAUCCUCGGGCCCUACAGCCGCCAAGGGCACUGCCGCGGUAGAAGCGACAAGUGUGGACGACCAUCAAAUGCAAACUCUGUCUGAAGAGAGCCACCAGCAACACCACCCCACGAAAAGCACGUCACCGGCCCCUGAAAGCGCGACAUCCAGCGCCCCCGCGGCCAGCACCAGCAUCAGCAGGAGCUCCGAUUCUAGCCAGCCUCAACCUCAGCACCCCUUGGCUUUGCCGCCGCUUCCCGAAGCGCCUACCAGCGGUGACUCCGCGGGAGGCAAAGGCGAGGACGCUGCGGCUGCUCCCAUAACCCUCGACCUAGGGGGCCAAGCAGGAGCUGGUGCCUCAACCAGGCUUGAUCACCUCGGACCCCUGGUAGUUCACCAGGACGGCACCAUGUCGCGGAUCAGUAACUGGGGCGAGAUGACCGAAAUUGAGAGGCAGAAUACGCUGAGGAUCCUUGGCCGGCGGAAUCAGAUUCGUCUUGCCAGUCUUAGGGAUGGGGCCGGCGGCGAGAGCAAGUAG